GGAAAGCGCAAGCGUGGAAAAACUAAAGCGGCAUUCGUAUAACAUGAUAAGUGUAACGGUAAAUAGCGUAUUGUAAUAUACAAAAAAACUUCCAACUGCUAUGGUGACCUCAGUACAGUACAUUUGUUCUUAAAAGUAUAUAGAUGAAUAGAUAAAUAGAUUACAGUAAAAGUAAAGGGAAAAACAAAUGUGGACUGAUAACCACUUUUCUUAGAUAUUUCUUUACUCUUUUGAAGUUCUAGGUGAAAUACAGACCAAUCGCACGAAACUUACCAAUUCUUUAAGGUCCACACUUAAUUGUUGAAAUAUUUCUAUUAUUUUUAGAACACGAUCCCGUCUAUCUAACUGUUUAAAUACAAGUAUAGAACAACCGAAGUUCUGUUAUCUAGUGUCGUUUAUCGUCACACGUGUCGUGAAUUCAAUUAUGGCCAAACAAAUAGGCACCAGAAAAUAAGGAUCAGCGAACAUAUUGAAAUAUCGGCCCUCACAGGUAAGUCAAUUAAUACGAAACAAUCUGCUAUCAGUGAUUAUCAUAAACAGUGCAUCGUUUGCCAACUUUGACAUUCUGGUUUUGGGUGAGAAGACUUAGAGUCAAAGAAAGCCUCUUUAUAAUGAGAGAUGCAAUUAAAUCGGCACAAUUUCUUCUUUUUGGAUAUGGUUUCAAUAUUUUUUUCACUAAGAAUAUGGGUAGUAUGUGUAUUUAAAAAAAAUUAAAAUUGUACACACUUCUUCAUGAUGGGUUGAUAAAUACUUGAAAUGUUGAACAAAAAUAAUAUACUAAAGUCGUUAUUAUUUCCUCAGUUUCAAAUUUAUUCAGCAUUUUUUAUGAUAAAAAAAAUUGGUCAGGUCUUAUUUGACUGUCCUGCAUAUUUCAUGCAUCUGCUGUACACGAAGUAGUGAUUUCGAAGAACUUUCAAACAAUACACACCUAAUUAUAAUAGAGAUCUAUGGUAAUUAAAAGUCUGUGUUUGUUGUGUACUAUAUUGUUUAAUGGCAAGAGAAAUUUAAGGGAAAAGACAAAAACCUAUAGCCUCCCAGCUCACACCUCUCCCAAAGUAGUAUUUCAGACUGACUCUUAAUUAAAAAUGAUUUUCCGUCAGUUCAAAUUUCCUGAAUUACUAAUAAUACAAAGUUCAAUGUCAAAUAAUUAUGUCACGCAACCUUAUGACCUAAUUGUUGGAUAUUUACAACAGAUCUCUGUCCAUUCAUUGUUAAAAAACAUAAAACAUUGACACAUCAGCAGUAUAACUUGUAGUUGUAAUUUGUAAGGAUAACGUUGUUCUGAUAUGCCUAAUCAUACUCAAUGGUAAAGGUUUGAGUUUAGAUCGAUGUUGCUAAAUAGAGAACAUUUAACUGAUCGUUUUUUUUUUUAACUGUAAUUGAGUUUAUUAACACUAACCUUCAAAAACAUAGCUGCGUUACAAUAACGUUGUAAACCCCUGCAUAUACUUUUAUUGUGCAGUGAGACUUUAUGGUAUUUAUUUAAAGAGUAAUUAUAUUAUAACUAAAUAAAUGUUUAAAUAAGAAAUUAUUAUACUGUGUUAUAGUUAUCAUUAAUCAUUGGUUAAGAACGUAUAAUAUGUUUCGAAGAGUUGAUAAACGUUUCACAGCUGCAUCCCAUGUCUUAUUCAUCAGACGAAGAACUUCUUUUCGCAGCAUUAACUUCAGAAGUAUUUGGUCAAGAUUGUCGAGCAGUUAUAUAACUAAUGAUAAUGUUAUCAAGAAUUCAAAGCAUAUUGAUUUGCCUGAAGAAAAUCUUUUUUCCUUUUUUGAAAAAAGUGUGAAAGGGUAUGGUGAUAGAACCGCAGUGGUAUGUUUCUUUCUUUUUGUGUUUUACCUUUAACAUGUGGUAUCAGUGGAUGAAUCACGUAGCUUUCCCUUUAUAUUACUAAUUAAAAAGUAUGCUUUUCUUGACCUUUUAUAAACGUCUUGUGGAAACCAGGUUCAUAAAUGCUUUCAUUACAAUAACAAAAUAUAAAUUUAACGCCUAUAUGUUGUGUAACCAUAGUUCUGAGUUUUUUUAAUUUCUUUCUUCCAAAUUUUACAGGUUGAUGCUAUAUCUGGAAGGCAAAUUUCUUAUCCUGAAUUGUUAAAGACGUCAAAGCAACUUUCAUGCUUUUAUAAGGACAAUGGUUACACACAAGGUGAUUGCGUUGCCAUUCACGUUCCAAACUGUAUUGAAUAUCCUAUAACUACGUUAGGUACUGUAGCAAAGGGAAUUACAUUGACCACUGCAAACCCUGCUUUUACUGCAGCAGAACUCAACAAACAAUUACGUAAUUCAAAUGCAAAACUUUUAUACACACAAUCCACCUUACUGGACACCGCAAGAAGAGCUGCUGAAAAUACCAAUACUGAUAAACUUAUAUGCAUUGAUGAAACUAAUUGUAGCGACAGCGGUGUUUUGCAGUUUAAAGAUAUUUUGAAAGAAGGGUGUGUUGAUGAACCAGUUAAUUUGAAUCCAAAGGAAGAAGUCGCCUUUAUGAUGUAUUCAAGUGGAACAACUGGUUUACCAAAAGGUGUCAUGAUUACUCAUUAUAACAUGACAUCUAAUAUUCUGCAAAAUAUAGACUUUAUCGGAGAAGAUACGAAAACAAGAUCAUUGUGUGUUUUACCACUUUUUCACGCGACUGGUAUGCUCUAUGAAAUGUUAUUGCAUCUUGUGAAAGGUUAUACAGUAUAUACAUUACCAUCGUUUGAUCCCCAGACAUUUCUAUCAGCAUGUCAAAUGUAUCAGGUAACAUGCAUAAACAUGGGGAUCAGUAGCACAAGUGGUGGGGUGGUUGACUCACCUCUAGGAAGUCGUGGGUUUGAUUUGACGUUGGCUUGUUGGGUCGAAAGCUUACUAGCUGUGCCACCAAUGAUAUUAUUUCUGUUACAUCAUCCGCUAGUACCAAACUACGAUAUUUCCUCCCUUCAAAAUGUAGCAGUGGGAGCCGCACCUAUCGACAAAAACGUUUUGACAGAAUUUACCAAAAAGUUUCCCAAAAUACUUAUUCAGCAAGGUUAUGGAAUGACAGAAAGCCUGGUCACACACUCACAAGCAGAUGGUGCAGCAAAUCAUAAAUACGGAUCAGCUGGAAGAGUUCUCAGUAACACUGAAUGGAAGGUUCAAUGCUUAGAGACAGGUAAAACAUUACCUGCUUAUCAUAAAGGAGAGUUGUAUACCAGGGGUCCACAAAUAAUGAAGGGUUACCAUAACAACGAAGAAGAAACGAAGAAAUGCUUAUCAGAAGACGGUUGGUUGCGUUCUGGUGAUUUGGGAUAUUAUGAUGAAGAUUUCAAUAUAUUUAUUGUGGAUCGUUUGAAAGAGUUGAUAAAGUGUAAAGGAUUCCAGGUGGCGCCUGCAGAACUUGAGGACUUACUACACGGGCACGAAGAUAUCACUGACAGUUGUGUUAUUGGUGUUCCUGACGAAAAAUAUGGUGAAGUUCCAUACGCAUUUGUUGUUAAAAAGAUUGGAUCUGAUCUAACAGAAGAGGAUGUUCACAAAUUUGUAAAUGAAAACGUAUCUGAUUAUAAAACACUUCGUGGUGGAGUAAAAUUUGUGGAUGUAUUGCCGAGGUCACCUGCAGGCAAGUUAUUACGAAGAGUGCUUAAAGAAGAGUAUGCCAGUAAAUGAGACGUAUGUUGGUAUGAUGUUAUGAUUAACAGCUGCUAUAAACAGAUGGUAAAAAACUCAUAUAUCAAUAUAUAGCAACAUAAAAUUCAGACAACUGGAAGAUUUUAAUUCUAGACAUAAUAACUCUACUUUCCGCACUUAAAAAAAGUUCACUUUUAACUCUUAUAUCUUUAUCAAGAUUGAUCUUGCACAUACUUGAAAGUUGCCAUCUUAUCACAGGAGACAUGCUCCACUGAGUUUUUUAAUGUUUUUUUUACUGAUUAGCGUCUGGUAGGGACGCUUUAAAUUCAAUAAAUUCAAUAGAUCUGCUCAGCAGAUUCAGUGUAUUGAUAGCGUACAAUAUGCGCCAAAAUAUGUAUCAAAGCCAUCCAAUCAAUGCCAAAAAUAUCAACUUACGGGCCUUUUUUUGGGCUAUAUAGGUUGAUAACUAUUAAUAGAAAAAAGGAAACAAAAUACAUUUGCACCUGAAAAAAUUCCAAGGCCUGUUUGGGACCUACCUACGAUUGAAAAGGCGUGCGGUAACAUUG